AUGUCGACCAAACACUUCUUCCCCGAUACCAACGGCGUCGUUGUCCGUGCCUUGAAUUCCAUCGUCGCCCGCAACCCGCACCUCGAACAUGAUGAGGCAAAUCGUGUCGUCUUCUCCAAGACCCACCCUCCCUCCAAAGUCAGCAUAAUAUCCGGCGGGGGCAGCGGCCACGAGCCUGCUUGGGCGGGCUAUGUUGGAGACGGCAUGCUCACGGCAUCCGUGGCGGGCGACGUCUUUGCCAGCCCCUCGACGAAGCAGGUCAUGGCAGCAAUCAGGAACGUUCCUUCGGACGCGGGCGUGAUCCUGUGCAUCACAAACUACACUGGCGACAGGCUCCAUUUCGGCUUGGCGAGGGAGAAGACGCACGCUCUUGGUCACAAGAUUGCGCAAAUCCCACUGACGGAUGAUGUUGCGUUGGGUAGGAGCAAGUCCGAGCUGCUGGGGCGUAGAGGCUUGGCUGGCAAUGUUCUAGUACUCAAGCUUCUAGGUGCGGCGGCGCAUGAGUCCUGGAGUUUCGAGGAUUGUUGGAAACUGGGCACCGAGGUCAAUGCACAACUGGCUACCAUUGGAACGAGCCUAGACCACUGUCACAUCCCUGGCCGAAUGCAUCACGAACAAAGUGAGGAGGAUACAUGUGUCUUGGGGAUGGGGAUCCACAACGAGCCCGGCCUGCGGAAGAUCUCGCCAAUGCCAUCCCCUCACGAUCUGAUCAAGGAGAUGCUGCUUUACUUGCUUGACCCUAACGACUCGGACCGUGCCUUUGUGAAGUUUGACCCGAAAGAUGAGGUUGCCCUGGUAAUCAACAAUUUCGGUGGGCUUGCCAAUCUUGAGUUGGAAGCCCUCACCCAAAUUGCAUUGGAGCAGCUAGAACAAGACUGGAAGAUCAAGCCAUGUCGCAUCUACUCCGGCAUGUUUGAAACAUCUCUCAACGGUCCAGGAUUCUCCUUGACUUUAGGGAAUCUUGCGAGCGUUGCCAGUGCAGUCAGUCGGCCGGUUUCAGAAUUGCUCAGACUUCUUGAUGCACCAACCAUGGCCCCGGCAUGGCCACGAAGCGGAUAUGGCCAACCGGUUGAGAUCUCCAAGGAAAGCUUUGAUAGACGGGAAAAGGCACGAGAGGAAGCCGAUGAGGGUAGCUCUGACUUCAAAGGCCCGGAAGCACCACCAUCACUACUUCACGCACUUCGUACCGCAUGCAGUGCUGCUCUUACGGCAGAGCCCCAUAUCACCAAGUACGACAUCCAAAUGGGUGACGGCGACUGUGGGGAGGCCGUAUCAGGCGUCUGUAACGCACUGCUCGCGUCGAUGAAAGCAGCCCCAUUCAUCACCAAGGUCCCUUAUUUAUUUUCCUGCCUUUAUUCCAUCAACUCUAGUUUGGAAGACAUGGGUGGCAGUCUCGGCGCGAUCCUGUCCAUCCUUCUGACCGCUUUCGCUGGGAGCCUGCAUCGUGCAGUCAAUGCUGACGGCGAAGUCGACGUCGGCGCCAUCAGCGACGCAUUGGGCGAGGCACUGGAGGCACUGGAGGUGUAUACGGGUGCACGGGUCGGCGAUCGGACGGUGAUGGAUACACUGAUUCCGUGGUGUGAAACGCUCAGAGCAACGAGGGACGUGGGGAAGGCGUUGGCGGCGGCGGAGGAGGGUGCGAAGAGGACUGCGGGAAUGAAGCCUAGGUUUGGGAGGGCGACGUACGUUGGAGAAGCGAAGCAAGGAGAACAGUUGCCGCCGGAUCCGGGAGCAUAUGCUGUGGCUAUUUUCCUGAGAGGGUUAGUUGAGGGUGGUGAAUGGGCGUAG